AUGUCUCUAACAAAGGAUCAAGACAUUUCUACACAAGAAGAUGUAUUCCUGAAACUGGCGCAAGAUGCUGGCUUUCGAAUAUGUUCCGACGGAUCGAUGAAGCUUGUUGUUGAGCCUGCCGUUUAUCGUCGUGAGCUAGCACAGAGAUUACGAGCUCAUUCAGAAUGUCCAUCUCCGUUGCCUGAAAGAUUCUGUAAUGCUUUCCAGAACUACGUGGAGGAUCCUACCGUUCUGCGUGCUUGUCUAUUGCCAUUAUCUAUCGAUGUUUCUGGAAGAACCCGAUAUGCUCCGACCGAGAGUUUAGUCCGUCUACUACUAACAAUUGACAUUGUACAACCACUAUUACUGGAUAUGCUCCUGGAAAAACUUCCGGAAUUUCUGUCCGACUCCGUAGAAUCACCACUACCACGUCUUAUUUUACAUCAAAUGAAAUGGCUUGAUCAUAUUGUUGAAUCUCAACGACUUGCUUCCAAGAUUGCAGAGAUAAUUACAGUGACUCCACUUGGAAUACAGAAGGAAAUUAUAACAAGUCUACCAGAGAUUAUUAGUGACUCUAAGCAAGUUGAAAUCGGUAAAGAAUUGAAGGAUUUAAUGGAAGAAAACUGUCAACUGACGGUCCCUAUACUCGAUGCCCUUGCUAAUUUUACAUUGACCGAUGACUUGCUGCGUGAUGUGCGAGAAACUAUUAUCGAUCGUCUAGAGUCCGCAGAUAUUGAGGAUUUACCUGUUGUCAUUAAAUUCAUUCUGCAAACGGCAACAGGAAAUGAUGCCGAAAGAAUUGUUGAACAUAUCAGACAGAAACUGGACUUCCGCUCUAUUAUGCAGUUACGACAUGCUGAUAUAGAUGAUAAACCGCGUUCAGCAGUGCCUAAGAAAGAAAGAAUUCCAGAAGCUUUGAUACUGGAAUCCUUGAGGAUCGGCAUUCAAUUUCAUAAAUUCAUUAAAGACGCGUGGAUCAAAACAAUUACCGAUGUGGACAAAGCGGCUGACCAUAAGGUUAUUGAUAUUGUGGUGCUUAUUAUUAUACACUCUAUACCAAGUAUGAGGAAAAAAAUCCAAACCGUCUUCCGGAAGAAAACUGCCAGCGGUUUAUUCUCGAAACAGCUUUUACAAGAGACCAUUUUAUGCCAUGCAGAUGGUUUGAAAGACUACUUCAAUUCCAUUCUCUCGUUAUCGGAGAGUCUCCUCAGAUCAAGCCAGCAGCAGAGUGUCAUUGCACCCAUUGCUUGUGCAUUGUAUCUGAGCUCUUUCAAAGCGUUCGACGCAUAUCAUCGACAAGAAGUUGUAGGGUCAUUGGUUACUCAUAUUGGAAGUGGUUCACAGACGGAGGUUAAUUCGGCUAUGUCUGUAUUGUUGCAUAUAGACGCCAACCAAGGCUUAGGUUCUGGCGGCUUACUCGCAGAGAUUUCCAUAGUCAUUCAAAAACAGUUGACAAACCCUUCCGAGAGGUACAAGCAAAUAGGUGUCGUUGGUGCUUUAGCUCUUGUGCAAACUCUGGGAUCUAAGGAUGCUUCUAGAAACCUCAAUGGCCCAUCUUCAUCUUGUUCUGAUUCUAAUCCCCAAGAAAUAACGCAAGUUCCUCUGUUAAAUUCUGCUGUUGAAAACUUGGAAAAGUUACGAAUACAUUGUUCUCGAUCAAUGAAAUGUCUUUCUCUGGCGUAUGAUGAGCUUGCAUAUCUUGUUGCGAGUGGAUGCUUGGAUGAGCGUCUUGUAAUGUGGAUUAAAGAGAAGUUGACUACCCCAUUCGCAGACAUCUAUUUGUGUGAUGCAGAUGAUGCUGGUAACUUGCAGACUAGCGCUGCUCACUUAGAUGGACUGCCAAUUGAAAUAUGGAUGCACUUGGACGAACCGGACUCUGUAUUUGUCAAUUUGUACCCUUUUCUCUGUGCCCCGCUCGUUAGUUCAGACGUACAUGCUUCCAGUAGACGUGAUUGGAUUGUUUGCAUGUGUUCUAUGUUUAAAUUAAUUCAGGCUUGUGAGAAAGCCAAUAAUAACGGACAGUUGGAGAGCAUUGAUGCUUUGUUAGGCUGUGGUUUGUUAAUGUAUGAGAGAAAGGCAGAGAUAUGGGAUACGAAGGAGACGGAAACGAAGACUGCACAUAUAAUUGCAUGCAACGCGCUAUUCUUUGCAAUUAAUUGGUAUAGGGAAAUUAUAAACGCUUUUUGCGGACAGCUUAUUGAUGACUUUCGUGAAAAGAUAAUUCUACGCCUUCGUCACAUUACCGAAUUAGAAGAUUUACUUGAUAAAUUGAUAGAGUCUGUACCAUCAUUUCAACCGCUUGGAUACGGACAAAUACAGAAAACCAAUGAUGCGGAGCAUCGAAUUCUUGUUUUAAACGAAACAGAUUCGCAGCGAACACUUGGACGGUCUCGUCGAACUAAGAUGAGAGGGGCUAACACAAAGAGCAUGCGAUCUAAUGAUAACAUCAAUGAAAGCCAAGACAAAUCUACAAAUGACAACACCCUAGCUGGCAAAUCGGUCACUCUUGCAGACAUUAAACCGUAUAUGCGCGAAUUUGGACUUGACGUAUACAGUUUACUACAAUACUGUGAAUUGAAUUUGCAUACCGUGGCGGUGGAAGAUGUUGAGCAAAAGAGCAAGAGUACUAAAUCGCAGGACAAGAACGUUAAAUUGAGAGAACGGGAAAUGAUCUAUCUCCUCGACGACUUGAUACGUAAACUGGAAUUUAAACUUUCCUCUUCGGAAUCUCCUAAAAGUAUAAAGAAAUCGAGUAGACUUAAUGUUGAAGCAAAAGAUAUGGGAUUUUCAUCCAUUGCGCGUGCAAAUGCGAUAGACAUUGUGAAUGCAGUAAUUGGUAUAUUGCCUCAUAUUUUGCGCCAUAUGGAGUCAGUAUACAAUCUCUUGGAUCCAGAAUCAGAUGAUGUCAUCGAUGAAGAAUCUACCACAAUAAACCGAUGCUCUGAGCUUCUGCUAGACGUCCUUGAACGAGUAAUUAUGUGGACUGAAUUGAGAAACUCGGAUAAUGAGGAUUGUCUGUUAAAUUUGCUGAAAUGUAUUGCCUUUUCAUCACAUUCAUCAAUUCCAACCGAGAUGCAGCAAUUGAACGAUUUGGCUCAGAAUGCAUUUGAUCAAAUGCAGAAGUACGCGUACAGAAUUCCGACAUUAAAAGCUGCUAUCUUACUACAUAAGAUUCUUGGUAGCAUAGCUGACAUUGGAAACGGCUGUAACGAGCUAAGGAAUAAGUGCGGAGAAAUAGCUCGGUAUUUACUCUCGCGUUCUUGGACGGACGAUAAAGAGUUGAAAGCAGAAUUUAUCGUAUAUUUAAUUCAAAUGGACGUUAAACAUUCGGCAGAUGUAGUAACAAGAGUAGAAAAUUACGCGACUGCUGUCAUUCCUGCUUUCAUUGAGAGCGAUGCUGAUAUCCUUGUAGCGAAUCCUUUGCUAAAUAGAGAUACUUUUGCUCAUUUCUAUAAAGCAAUUUUACUUGAGAUUGACGAGGUGAUUGAUGCAUACAACCCUGUUAACUUUGAAUCGGAACAAGAAACCGUGAGAUUUUUCUUCAGGAUGACCAGCUGUUGGAAGAGCUUGAUUUCUGUUAUUAAGACAAACCAAAAGCGUGCUGUGCUGUCAGUUGUUUUGAAGUAUGGAGGACGAUAUGUUGACUUGUUUGUAAAGAAGGUCUUACCGUUUAUGGAUAAAAACUUCAAAUCGCAUCGCGACGAUGUUUUGAAAAUUUUCAAAGAUUUCCAGAACGGGACUCGGGUUAUUCAGGCCCUUUGCUCUCAUGUCAAGGUUGUUAAAGACACGACAUUAGCAUCUCUUGUUCCGAAAGUGAAAAGAUCACUCGAAACUGUUAUAUUUCAGGUAAAGGGUAUGUUACUUCAUAAUGAUUGUCCAUCAGAUGCAUUCUUCAUGGGCAAUCUUAAACAUCGUGAUCUUGAGGGACGAGAGGUGUCAGCAGAUAUGCCAAGGGAGGAAGAUGACAAGGAGAAUGAGGAUACUGGCACACAUGACGAUUGUGAUACUGGAAGUGAUGCUGAUGUUAGUGAUAAAGACGAAACAUGUGUAAAUAAUGGAGUCACGAAUGACGAAAAUGAAGGAAGAGGGUCAGAUACAGAAUCAAACGUUUUACAAGAGACGCGUUGUCCGAACAAUAAGGCUACUUCGAUAAAAGAAAUGCCUCAAAAGGUAUCAAAAAAGAAAUCACGUGGACAGAUUUCUAACUCGAAGUCUGCUAAAGCGCGAUCACCUUCUGCAUACCAAUAUUCUGACGAAGAAGAAACGGAAAGUAUUGUGUACGAUGAUGUAGAUUUGAGCAACGAUGACGAACGCGAUGCUAGUGAUAACAGUGGCGAUGUUAGUGGUGAUAGUGAUAUAGCAAUGUUCAUUGACGAUGAAGCAGAUGUAGAUGGUGACGAAGAAGAUAAUAAUAGCUCAGAAACUUCACCGAAAAGGAAAAUGUCUGGAGAAUCAUCUCUAUCCAAGCAGUCUAAAAGACUUUGUAAAUAG